AUGGAUCCAUAUGAGGAAGACAGUGUGGUCAUCCAGCUCAGUGAGGAACAGGAAGAGGAAGAGCGGCAGCCAUCUGAUCAGUCAGUCCCUCCCACAGGAAGCCAGGAUCAGACAGAUGACACGUCCACCCAGGGCCAAGAGGGGGACAGUGAGGCUGAGUGGGACACAGAUCUGGAGACAGACAGUGGCACUAAUCGAAAACAGAGUUUGUCUCAAGCAGAGGUGUACCUGCAGGCCUGUCAGCGGAUAGGAGCCAUUCCUGUUUCCUCCAUCCUUCGUCACUUAGGUGAAACCGAUCUCAAUCUGAACCACUAUGGUUUGGGACCUCUAGGGACCAAAGCUCUGGCCAUUGUUCUGCAAAAUAACAAUCACAUCACCAACCUUGAGCUAGAGGACAAUGGACUUCAGACAGCUGGGACACGCUAUCUGAUGGAGAUGUUUCAAACAAACAUCAGCAUUCAGAGUCUAAAUCUUUCCAACAAUCAGCUGCGCCUCGAAGGAGCUGACAUCAUCUCCAAAAUGCUGCUGGACAAUUAUUACAUCAAAUCCCUCAAACUCUCAGGAAAUGACUUUGAUGAUUCUGCUGCUAAAUGCUUUGCUGAUGCUUUAAAGGGUGACUAUGUGGUCAAAGAGUUGGACCUCAGUCACAACAAGUUCUGUGAUGCAGGAGGAGUGCACCUGGGUCAUAUGUUAGCCUCAAAUGUAGGUAUCGAGGUCCUAAAUCUGAGCUGGAAUCACCUCCGUAUGAGCGGUGCAGUGGCUGUGUGUGCAGGGCUGAAGGUUAACUCGACUCUGAAGCAGCUCCAGCUGUCGUGGAACGGUUUCGGCCGCAUGGAGUCAGAGGCACUGGGUCAAGCACUGAGGCAAAAUAGCACACUUGUGUUGUUGGACCUGAGGGGCAACCGUAUAGACGAUGACGCUGUGACGCUGCUCUGCCAGGGCCUGGCCAACAAUGACACCUUGAGAGUCCUCAAGCUCUCCCAUAACCCUCUGACAAAUAUCGGGGCUCUGACGCUGCUCAAGACAGUUAAAAACAACACACAAUCAGCAGUGGAGGAGAUCGAUAUUUGUUCAGUGUUUGUGUGUGAGGCCUUUGUUGAGCUGCUGGAAGAAACCCGUCAGAAGGGACCUGCUCUGGAUGUCCAAUACAGCAUCAUGAGCUUCGUCACCAGAAACUUGUCCGCCCUUCAGAUCUUUAAGAAAUUCCUGGAAGAGCGAAAUGAGAGUAUCCUGGAUUUCUUUCAUGCUUUGGACAAAGAAGAAACAAUGAAAGUCUCCACCCAUGACUUUAGAAAGGCUGUAAAGGAAGCUAAAAUACCACUGGAUUCGCAACAGCUUGAGUGGUUGAUUGGGAAGUUUGACAAGGACUACACAGCCACCAUAGUCUACAGCCAGUUUGCAGAUUGA